UUUAGCAGACAAGCAUGUGGAAUUCACUGCAGCCCUUUUCAAGAUGGUUCUUCUUUGGAAGAGACAAUGUCUGCUUUGAAAUUUCUGUAGUGUCUUUUUAUUAAAGGAGAAUUUCUAGUAAGAGAUACCAUUCGGUCUGCAAUAAUAAUGCCUCCUACUAGACAAACAGAAGCAAAUCUCUGCGUAUAGUCUGCUAAGGAUCAUUUAUUGUAGAGCACUGGCCUCUUUGAAACAAGUAAGGGGUCUUUGUAUCUGCAUUAGUGAAAAUAAAUAAGAGGCAGCAGGAGUGUGACUCGCACUUACACAAUCAGCAGCUGGAAAAAUGCCAGGUUCCAAAAGUAACUUGGUGUCUUUACAUGAGGGUGUUACAAAUGAUACUUCAUAUUUGAGAGAAAAGAAAAUUUCGGAUGAAAAAGGAUCUGUUGAGAAAAGAACAAUGACUCUGAUUGAGAAGAAUGGCUAUCACGACUCCGUAUACAUCAACGCAGCUAAGAUUUUUCAAGGCAUUCAUACUAAAAAGCUUAAGGAUAGAAUAUUGGUGCGCUAUGGCGAUGACUCAGUAUCUCCCAUGCUGACUGUUAAAAAUCAGUCUUUCCUGCGUAUAUCUUAUGAACUGGCUUUCAAUGCUCUAAAGUAUCAAGAUCUUCUUGAAGAAGUAUUGUUAGAUAGUUGUGUUUACCCCUGCCACUCAAUACCAGAGGAAUUAACCAGUUUGCUUGUUGUGAUGCUUUAUGACCUACAAGAGCGAAAGUUUCAAGCACGAGAGAUUUUUGAUGAAGAGGAACCUGUAGCAGAAGUUCGGAAAAUAGAGCAUUAUCUAUACAGUUUUAAGACCAAGUUGGCAGCUGCACUAGCAAGAUGUCGCAUCAAACAUGAUGCUCUUUCAAUUGAAUACACUCUACCAGAAGCCAUACAGAAGCAGGUACAAAGGGCUUCUGCUUUACCUUUAUGUGUUUGGAUAAACACAUUUAAAAUCAGCCUUCAAGAUGUUUUUGGAGAUUUGAAGAAGAAGGGAUUCACAAGAGUUGAGUCUGUGUCAGACUUCAACCGUUACACGUACUGUAUGGACCAACACUGCAAUGAUGUACUGCUUUUCCCUUCCUUUCUUAAAGAAGAACUCCUUAAUUUAGACCUUUUUGCAGAUUGUAAGCUCUUACUGCAGGAUAAGUCCCGCAGCCUUGCGGUGCACUCUGCACGGGCCCUGCUGAACGUGGGUGAUGACGUUAUAGUGGCUCAGGCAGGUUCCCAUCUGACCAUUGCCCAUAUGUCAGCGCUGACCAUUCACAGCACGACCAGAAUUUUUGUUUGCGGGGUAAAAUCUUCAGGAAAAGCAGCUGAACUGAAGAACUUGUUCGGUCAGAUGGGAUGUAAAAAUAUUCAGUUGAUAGACGAAGACUUCACUGAGAUUGAACCAACAGACUCAAGACUUCAAAAUGCAAAAGUUGUUUUGCUGCUACCAGAGUGCUCUGGGCUGGGUGUUGGCAACCCAGUAGACUUCAUUGUAAAUGAACAAGGAGAUGCAGGAUUGCUAAGAGACGUUUUCCAAGGAUCUGUAUCCCAGGAUAAGCUCAAUGCUCUGGCUGAGCGGCAGCUUCGUGACCUGAUGCACGCCAUGAAAUUUACCAAGGUACAAGCUAUUGUUUACUGCACUUGUUCGGUUUACCCAGAAGAAAAUGAACUAGUAGUGAAAAAAGCACUGGAAUCUAGAGUGGAAGGAAAUAAACUACAACCGUACAGGCUUAUUCCUCCUGUUUUUUCUGCUUGCUCCAAUCCAGAGGCUUCCACUGAAACCUUUUUCAAAAUGGAGCCAUCAGAAACUUCCAGUGGCUGCUUUCUAGCUGUUCUGGAGAGAGAGAAAGGUUCUUCUGACAAUGUGUCUGCUAAAGACAUCUUGGCUCGUGCUGCAUCAAAAGGACUGCUAGGAGACCUUCUUGUAGAAGAAUCCAAGGAAGAGGAGAAAAAGCAACCAAAAGUCACACAAUGUAGCAGUGACAUCACUGCUGGUGGUACGAAGCCGAAGACUGCAGAGCACCGUCAGGCCGUACCCAACACUAAGGCUGGAGUUCCCCUGCCUAAGGCAGUCAGUAACGUGCAGCAGAAGACCGUGAACCUCUCAAAGAGCCUUCCUUGGCUGAAGAAGCCUCACAAGCUGGUCCCCACCUCAGCUGUGCCCCGGGUGUGGAAGCGCAGGGCUGGCCCGGGCUCUGCGGGCAGGGCGCGUGGGGGACAGGCGCAGGUGGAACGCAGGAGGCUUGCCUUGAAGACUGUGGACAUCAUCUUACCUCCAGUGACACCAACAUACGUAAGUCAGCAAGGGAACCAGCCCAGGACCUCAGCUCAGCCCUGCUGUGCUGGAGCAAAGGGGUGGGGUGGCCGGGGACCUCCCCAGCCUCCGGGUGGGAGGACACUUGCACCACCUCUGACUACAGUGGUCGAGCAUCCUCGGCCCUGGCUGUAAGGCUCUGCACACUGUCCUCUGCCUUUAUAGAAAGGGUAAAGAUUCCUGUCUAUAUUCAUCACUACACUUAGGUUACACUGCAUUUUAUACGGGAUAAUCUCGCUGUGGGAAGUAGAUAUAUUACGGGAUAUUUGCAUGGGAAUAUCCAU